AUGGCUAAUGUUGAAUUAUAUACAGCUGCAGAUUCCAGCGUAAACGAAGCCCUUUCUGCAUGGGAAAAGGGAGUAUUAAAGGAGAAGGACGGGUCCAUGUCGGAUGCCAUCAUUUAUUACCGCAAGGCCAUUAAACUACGGGACGAUGUCGAAAAGAUAUAUAGGAAGAAGUUGCAUGACGAAUGGGAACUUUUAAAAAGGGUUGAAGCGAUGAAUCUGAACGAUGCCGAAUUAGAUGAGACAUAUUUGGGCGUUGCAGAUACAGACGAGGACACCACUGCCAACGAGCCCAGAGAGAUUUUACCUUGUUGGAUAUUGGAAAUGCUGCCCAAUGAUAUACUAUUGCGAAUCAUCAAAUUUGUUAUUCUCGCAUCAGGUGAAUCGUGGGUAAACCUUUCCCUAUCGUGUUCCACAUUCAAUAAACUGUGUUUUCACAAUUCGUUCCCUUACGAGAUCUUCAAGGGAUACAUAUACCCGAAACAGCGAUACGAUGAACGAGCAAUGGCUCUGAAUGGGAUCAGUAACCUCGAAACCUUGGAAAGAGAACUCUGGGACACAGACUAUAUUUCGAUGCUUAGGGAUAGACCGUAUAUCAAGUUCGAAGGCGUUUACAUCAGCGUGGUAAACUAUUUGAGAUACGGUACACUUGCAGAGGGCUCUUCCUCCUUGGUAAGACCCGUGCAUAUGAUAACAUAUUACAGAUACUUCCGAUUCUACCCUAAUGGAGACGUACUGAGACUCUUAACCACGGAUGAACCAGUACACGUGGUAAAAAAGUUUUCUAGAGAUUCAAAACCUAGGGAUAGCGAUAUCUGUCAUUGGAGUCUCGGUUUCGAUGAUAAUUUUGGACGAUUAACUGUCACAAGAACCACUCAGAAAUAUGUUUUCAAUGAAACUCUAGCUGUGUCGAAGCACGGUAACAAACCGCACCAGAGGUUGAAAUGGAUAUGCUCUACUGUUGAAGACAGUGAAGGUGCUAUUUCAGAUUGCUCAAUCUCCAACGAAAAACCUUUCACUUUCUCUAGAGUCAGGUCAUAUGCGCCUACGUGA